AUGAAGUUGUUGACAUUUGCGUUUCUUUUGCUGCUAGUUGCACAAAUUAUUGCUGCAAACGAGUUUGAAAUUUCCUUCCAAGUACCAACAAAUUUACUUGAAAAAACUUCCUUUCAUCAGGUUUCUAAUGAAACUUUUUUCUCACCAACAAUUUCUCAAGAAAGAGAUGUUCAACAGUGUACAUGCCCUGCUUGUGGCUGCAAUGGACAAGCUUGUCCAAAGGCUGCCGAUGGUUGGGUUGUCCUUUCGUCAAUGGAAAGUUGCUCCAUUUCCAAUCAAGUACCUUCCAUUAGUUUAGUCAAUAUUCAAUCCACCUCACAAACAACUGGAUUCGUCUACUAUCUCGUUGAUGAAGAAAACAAGAAUAAGGCCAUGGCCAACCAAGGAUUUUCUUUCAAUGGCUUGAAGUCCUACAAUUCAAAUUUUCUUACCUGUACAUCGAAUCCUACCGAAGGUGUUCGAUUUCCAUCAAAAGUUCCAGGCAAGGCAUAUUUGAUUGCUCAAACACGUGCCAGUACUUCAUUGAGAUUCAACAUUCAAAUGUCUUGUGUGAGGCCAAAAUUUACCAAAUUUGCAAUUGGUGCCUUUCCAACUAAUCUAGCCAUGAAGCACGUACCAUAUUUCUUCUAUGGUCAGGAGAUUAGUUUUGAAGUCAGAUUGUUAGAUCAGUUCAACGAAUUGGACACUUUGCAAAAGGGUGAAAUCAGUUUUGAAGGUGGCACUUUUGGAGAUUACCAAACUUAUCAUGAUAUUGUUGGAGGAUCUACCAUUCUCAAAUUCACUCCAACAAUGAGUUCUGGUAAACCAUAUUCUAUUAAAUUCUCAGCAUUAACGAGUGCUGAUCAAGACGUUCCUAAUAUUCCACUCCCAAGUUUUUCACUUUCCACAUUUACUAUUGAGAGAGGCACUAUCACCGUACAAAAAGAUAUCUCAGAGAAUACUCCGUUCAAGAUUUCAUUCACACUUUUCAAUGGACAAUAUGAAGUGACACCUGGUAUUGAUAUUAAAAAGUUGUCAUUCUACAGCAGUAGUGGAACUGUGUUGUGUGAACAACCAAUUCUCGCUUUGGGAUCAAGUAGUGUUCAAUGUACACUCAAACUUAACCUUGGAAAAUCAAGAUAUAAUGAAAUGAUAUUGAGAUAUGACAAUAGUGAUAUUGCAACUGAUACUUCAUAUAAUGUAAGAAGUGAAUCUGAUAGAUAUGUAGUUUCUGUUGCUUUACUUGCUUUGCUCGUCUUGCUUAAUUUAUUGAUCUGUUAA